UGUUAGGAGGAAUGCCACGUAAUUUUCGCCAUUUUGGAAUCGACCGGUGUUAUUAGCAAGUAAACAUAUGUUGCAUUGAGGCUAUACAGAGCAGAAAAUAUCCCAGACAGGUGUACAGACUCAACAAACAGCAUGGAACGUCUCCUCGCCGCGUGCUCUUUGAUUUUUGUUCUCAUUUCCGUAGUUUUCGGAACAGAACUAACAUUCGAGCUCCCUGAUAGCGAAAAGCAAUGUUUCUUUGAGCAAAUCGAGAAAGGAGUUCAAUCCACGAUAGAAUUUCAGGUGAUCACGGGGGGUCAGUAUGAUGUUGAUAUGGAGCUGUCGGCGCCGAACGGACAGACGCUGUACAAGGAUGUCAAGAAGCAAUACGACAGCUUUACCUGGACCCCGGACCAGACCGGCGUCUACAAGUUCUGCUUCAGCAACGAGUUCUCCACCUUCUCACACAAAGUGGUCUACUUCGACUUCCAGGUCGGCGAGGAGAAGCCGCUGUUUGAUCAGGAAAACAAGCAGGCCACCGCCAUGACGAUGAUGGAAAACUCGGCUGUAAACAUUCACGAAGACUUGAAGUCAGUUCUCGAUUAUCAGACCCACCAUAAACUCCGCGAGGCCCAGGGCCGAAGCUUCGCCGAGGAUCUGAACGACCGCGUGUUCUAUUGGUCGCUGGGCCAGUCCAUUAUAAUUCUGAUGAUAGGGGUCGGACAGGUUUUAAUUCUCCGGAGUUUCUUCACGGACAAACGAGGAUCGAAACCAUAACUGUAGUGGAAAAAUAGAGUUUAUUUAAAUUGUGUAAUUGUAUGUGUGUUUCUGUGAGAGAGAGAGAGAGUACAAUGGUUUCAGAAUGGUUAUAUCAAAAAAGUCCUUUUUGUUAUAUUUUUUAACGAAUGAAAGAUUUAGUGACUGUGAAUAUGUUUGAAUGACAUUGCUUAUUACAUUGAGGUUAAAUAUCACUCAGAGAGAGAGAGAGAGAGAGAGAGAGAGAGAGAGAGAGAGAGAGAGAGAGAGAGAUAAAGUGAAAGAAAGAAAGUGAAUCACUCAGCCUAUGAAGGAAAAUCUUCCACAAAGACUGAGACAUCGGUUUUGCUCAAGCUGUAAAAGGCAAGUGUCAUCUCUCCUUGGGUGUUUCAUUUUGUACAACAUCAUCAGUGUUACAGCGAAUAUUGCAGGAAAGUGUUCAACUCACAAAAAAUGCUGAAAAUCAGUUUGGAUUUUUUUGUCUACAAAAAGUGAUGCAUUCAAAGCAAUGACAAUUACAGUCAUUUUGUUUGUAAUGUUAUCCCAACACUGUUUUAGAAUUUUGAUGUUACAGUGAAAGAAACUGUAGGUAUAAAACUGUAUUGUUACCAUGGUUAGGACAUAUAUAUGCUUUUGCAGUUUUUGACAAAAACUUACAAAUAUAUUAUUGUUUGUAUUUAAUGGUUUUAAUGUCUCAAAUAACAACAGUCUGUACAGAACAUUUCCACUGAGUCAAUCUGUAUAUAUACACUGUGUACAGGUUUAUUCUUGCCCAUGCUUUUUUCUUCCUUCCUUUUUUUUUUGCACUUUACAAUUGCAAAUGGUUUUGCCCCUUCUGUAAUUCCCCAGACGGAAUAGUGCUUGUAUCAUAGAUUCUCCUUCUUAUUAACAAAGUAGUAAAAUAAAUGUGAAUUUUCCCAGUCAUAAAUUUGUCCACUGACAAAGAGGAUGAACGGGAUAAUAAUAAAAUGGGAACAAAUAUUUCCAUUUGUACAGUAUAAUGAUUUAUAUUUAUUGAAUUGGAAAAGUAACAAUUUAACGAAAUCCAACAUAGAAAAUGUAGGACCGACUCUCUGAUCAAAAUAAGUUUGGUUAAAAAGAUUGAUAGUGGUGUAACAAUAUGUUAUGUAAAAGAAAAUUUCCUGACUUAGAUAAGUAAAAUGUGACACUACCUGUACAUGUAUAUAAUUGGUGUGUUUUGUAUUGUGUAUAUAUACAACAAUGAGUUUGUGUAUGUUUCUUUUAUCAGUGAAGUCUUAUUAACUCUGGUUGCUAUGUUUAGAAUUAACAAGGAUUAAGUUAAUUAAGGAAAGUUUUUUUACAUAUUUAUUUAUGUAUCAUUUAAAAGUGUACAUUAAUAUGUCAUUGUUAAUAUUCAUAAUGGCACAAAAAAGAAAGAGAAAAAUAGAGAAAUACUUUUCUUUGAGCUCUAACAUGUUCAACUUCAUAAAGGAAACAUUAUGAUAAUAGUUUUAUAUUUUCAUUCUGAAAUAAAUACUGUUAACCAACAUUUAUUUGCAGCGACUUUAUUUCGCGAUUAACUACCAAUAAACUUGUUCGCAACAACUAAUGUUCGUAACCAAGCCUUAUCCAGACCUGUAUUUGUUAUAACAACCAUACGAUAAAGACUGGUUUGUGGCGAGAAAUAUUCGCGACGAUGAGGCUCUCGUGAACCUCGCGAAAAUUUCUCGAACGCGAAUAUAAGUUGGUUUACAGUAUUAUCAGUAAAGAAUGUUAAAUUGAAUUGAAUUAAAAAAAGAAUUUGUAAAGCCUUAUUGUUCAUAGUACUUCGCUUCAGCCAGGAUGUUUUUUUGUAGCAGGGCCACUUUAAACAUAGUAUUAUAGUGCUACUUGGUACUUCUUGUCAAAUACAGCAUAUGUCAGCUAGAAAAAAGUAUACCUCAACAUUCAUCCUAUCACAAGGACAAACUGUCUGGAAUUUAGUUCUUUUUUUUUCUUUCCUACGUUACAUUUUGUUCUUUUCUAAUAUUAGAUUGUGUCAUCAAUUAAAAAAACAUUGAGUGAGUAAUAUGAUUUUUGUUUGUUUGGUCAAAUGAAAUUACUGGUACUCAAAGAAUUUAACAAGACACACAAGUUAAUUUUACUUGAAAUGUCGUAUUAUAACAAUGAUCUACAUAAAGGAAUGCUUAUUUUAUUUUGUUCAAAAGUUUCACUGUUGUAUUUUUUUCAUUGUGGUUUGUCCUAUGCUGUAAUUAAAAUGUCAUUUGAAGCAGUCCCA